GCGGUCGGAGCCCGCGAGGGUCACUGACGACGCAUGCGCUGGCAGGGAGCGCAAUCACAGACUAGGUUUGCGGCUACCGGCUUAAAAAGGAAACCCCCGAGAGUGAGAGCGCGAAGGAAAUCUGGCCGCCGACGCGUGCGCGCUCUUGUGAAAGAAAAGCACAAGAAGAAAGUUUUACAGUCAUUGUUGAUAUGACUAUUAUGCUGGUCCCCCAGAUCAAAAAAAAGAAUUCUGAGACUGAUGGUCAGCCAUAUAGAAGAAUACAUUGAACCUAUAGUUUUCUGAAGAAGCAAUUUAAAAGAUCCAAAAAACACAAAAGGAGAAGUACAAAUGUCUACCACAAGACGAAAACGUAAUAUGUUAUGUUGUUUACCGUAAGCUGUAGUAAAAUGAGCUCGAUUGUCGACAGAGAAGAUGGUAGUAUAUUUGAUGGGUUGGUGGAAGAAGAUGACAAGGACAAAGCAAAAAGAGUAUCUAGAAACAAAUCUGAAAAGAAACGUAGAGAUCAAUUUAAUGUUCUCAUUAAAGAACUGGGAUCCAUGCUUCCUGGUAAUGCUAGGAAGAUGGACAAAUCUACUGUUCUGCAGAAGAGCAUUGAUUUUUUACGAAAACAUAAAGAAAUCACUGCACAGUCAGAUGCCAGUGAAAUUCGACAGGACUGGAAACCUACAUUCCUUAGUAAUGAAGAAUUUACACAAUUAAUGUUAGAGGCUCUUGAUGGUUUUUUUUUAGCAAUCAUGACAGAUGGAAGCAUAAUAUAUGUGUCUGAGAGUAUAACUUCAUUACUUGAACAUUUACCAUCUGAUCUUGUGGAUCAAAGUAUAUUUAAUUUUAUCCCAGAAGGGGAACAUUCAGAGGUUUAUAAAAUACUCUCUACUCAUCUGCUGGAAAGUGAUUCAUUAACCCCUGAAUAUUUAAAAUCAAAAAAUCAGUUAGAAUUCUGUUGUCAUAUGCUUCGAGGAACAAUAGACCCAAAGGAGCCAUCUACCUAUGAAUAUGUGAAAUUUAUAGGAAAUUUCAAAUCUUUAAACAGUGUAUCGACUUCAGCACACAAUGGUUUUGAAGGAACUAUACAACGCACACACAGGCCUUCUUAUGAUGAUAGAGUUUGUUUUGUAGCCACUGUCAGAUUAGCUACACCUCAGUUCAUCAAGGAAAUGUGCACUGUUGAAGAACCUAAUGAAGAGUUUACAUCCAGACAUAGUUUAGAAUGGAAGUUCCUAUUUCUAGAUCACAGGGCACCACCUAUAAUAGGAUAUUUGCCAUUUGAAGUUCUGGGAACAUCAGGCUAUGAUUACUAUCAUGUGGAUGACCUAGAAAACUUGGCAAAAUGCCAUGAGCACUUAAUGCAGUACGGGAAAGGCAAAUCAUGUUAUUAUAGAUUCCUCACCAAGGGACAACAGUGGAUUUGGCUUCAGACUCAUUAUUAUAUCACUUAUCAUCAGUGGAAUUCUAGGCCAGAAUUUAUUGUUUGUACUCACACCGUAGUAAGUUAUGCAGAAGUUAGGGCUGAAAGACGACGAGAACUUGGCAUUGAAGAGUCUCUUCCUGAGACAGCUGCUGACAAAAGCCAAGAUUCUGGGUCUGAUAAUCGUAUAAACACAGUCAGUCUCAAAGAAGCCUUGGAAAGGUUUGAUCACAGCCCAACUCCUUCUGCUUCCUCCCGGAGUUCAAGAAAAUCAUCUCACACAGCAGUGUCAGACCCUUCCUCAACACCAACAAAGAUCCCAACAGAUACUAGCACUCCUCCCAGACCGCAUUUACCAGCUCAUGAAAAGAUGGCACCAAGGAGGUCAUCAUUUAGUAGUCAGUCCAUAAAUUCCCAGUCUGUUGGUCAGUCAUUAACACAACCAGUGAUGUCUCAAGCUGCAAAUUUACCAAUUCCACAAGGCAUGUCCCAGUUUCAGUUUUCAGCUCAGUUAGGAGCCAUGCAGCAUCUAAAAGACCAGUUAGAGCAACGGACACGGAUGAUAGAGGCAAACAUUCAUCGGCAACAAGAAGAACUAAGAAAAAUUCAAGAACAACUUCAAAUGGUCCAUGGUCAAGGGCUGCAGAUGUUUUUACAGCAGUCAACCCCUGGUUUGAAUUUUGGUUCUGUUCAACUUUCUUCUGGAAAUUCAUCUAACAUCCAGCAACUUGCACCUAUAAGUAUGCAGGGCCAGGUCGUUCAAACCAACCAAAUUCAGAGUGGAAUGAAUACUGGACACAUUGGCACAACUCAGCAUAUGAUACAACAGCAGACUUUACAAAGUACAUCAAGUCAGCAGAGUCAACAAAAUGUACUGAGUGGGCACAGUCAACAAACCUCGCUUCCUAGUCAGACACAGAGCACACUCACCACUCCGCUCUAUAACACUAUGGUGAUCUCACAGCCGGCAGCCGGAAGCAUGGUCCAGAUUCCAUCUAGCAUGCCACAGAACAGUACCCAGAGCACUGCUGUAACUACAUUCACUCAGGACAGACAGAUCAGAUUUUCUCAAGGUCAGCAGCUUGUGACCAAAUUAGUAACUGCUCCUGUAGCUUGUGGGGCGGUCAUGGUACCCAGCACAAUGCUCAUGGGGCAGGUGGUGACUGCCUACCCUACGUUUGCUACCCAGCAGCAGCAGCCACAGGCACUGCCAGCCACACAGCAGCAGAACUCCCAGGAACAGCCGCUUGCUUCAGUUCAGCAACCUUCUCAGGCUCCGCUGACCCAACCACCACAGCAGUUUUUACAGACUUCAAGGUUGCUCCACGGGAAUCCUUCGACUCAGCUUAUCCUCUCUGCUGCAUUUCCACUACAACAGAGCACUUUCCCUCAGUCACAUCACCAGCAGCACCAGUCUCAGCAACAGCAGCAACUGAAUCGGCACAGGACUGACAGUUUGACCGAUCCUUCCAAGGUUCAACCACAGUAGCACACAUCCCUCCUCUCUGAUCUCAGGAGGAAGGGGUUGUCCCUAAGAGUUGCUCAGAUGAUCUGAGACUAGGAGGAGAAGGUCCAGCAGUUUCACAAGAUGCAGUAUUGAGUGUUCUAGUUUCUGGAAUUAGUUAGCAGGGAAAGUGCUGCCUAGUGCUACAGAUGUACAUUAAAUACCAGCCAGCAGGAGAUGAUCAUGGGGCCAUAGCCAAUUCUGACAGUGUUUUACUCGCCCAGCUAUUUUUCAAAUGGAAAGAUAGAUUGCCAAAUGUUAAGCUCAGCUAUGAAACGUGACCUCCGGUCAAUCAGAAAGGCACUAACGAUGUUAGUAACUUUUAGUGGUUCUGUGCCUGUUUUCAAGUGUUACAGAGGACACGCCACUGUCAUGUCAGGGGUUUGCGUACAACGAUGCCAUGAUAGACAGUCCGGUAGACCCAGUAGACCCCUUCCCCAUCCCCUCUCCCUUUUCAGAUAAUGAUUGAAUAGUAAUUUCAGAAUGUCGUGUGGUUCAAAUGCUCUAUGUACAGAUACUGUAAAAAUACUAUGUAUAUGUCUGGAUAAAAGGAGAGAAAGCAAAACAUUUUGUAAGCUGCAUGAAAGCAUUAUCUCCUCUUAA